AUGGGACUGAGGUGCGGGAUGAGGACCACCAAGUGCCAGCUGCUGGUGACCAGCCUCUGUGUCAUGCUGCUGGGGUUGUCCAUUGCCACACUAAGCACAGUCACCCACUACGGGCUCCAUUUCACCCUCAUCAGCGACAUCUCCCUGGAGAGCAACUCCUACAGGGUCAUCCACCACGCAGCUUUCUACUUUGGGAUCUGCCUCAGCAUGACCCUGAUCCUUGCAGCCCUGCUGAGCUCUGCCGCCACGGUGCAGGAAUCGCAGUGCCUCACCGCCAUGGGAUUUUUCUGUUUUGCUCUGGCCUUCUGCGGAUUAAUCCCAGCUGCCUGCUGGAGAUACACGCACAGCACGGAGGUGGAAGACAGCAUGAUGGAUGUGUACGAUCUUGUGUACGAGGAGGUGAGGAGGAACGCCUCCAGCUUCAGGAGGCACGAGCUGACUGCCAUCCACGAAGCAUUCCUGUGCUGCGGGAAGCGCUCUCCAUUUGGGGACACGGCCAACGUCGAGCACAAGACGUGCCCAUCUGGCCAAGUGCGCGAUGCGGGACAGGACUGCCUGCGAGAGAUCCAGGACUUCCUGAAGAAGCACAUGGACUUUGUCUCCAUGCUACUGGGCAUCACCAUCGGCUUCACGGUUUAUGGGAUGAUCCUGACUUCAUUCCUCUGGUUCUCCAUCCACUUCAGCAGCAACCUGGACCGGAAAGGCAAAUACACCCUGCGAGAGAGGUAGAAACCCGCCGCCCGAGCAUCCCUACCAGGUAGAGCCAGCUCUUGGCACAGGAAGAUGUCUGAAGUCACCCACAAAAUCCCCUGGGAAGGCGUUGAGUGGGGUCAUGCAGUAGGAUGUGUCACACGUUUCCCCUUCCUGCACUACUAGCUGUCGUGCAUUUCCGAGCUGGUCAGAGCAGAUGAUGCUCUGAGGACAAGUCAUCCCACACCUUCACCGAAAACGGACAAGGACUGAGACACGCACCUGGGCUUGGAGAUUCAGAUCGCCUCGCCGGGGGACGUACAGGCUGUAGCUCCACAAGCAGGACACAAAGAGCCCCUUAGGACAAAAAUGGAGAGAAAAGCCCAGCAAAAAUCACAGCAUUAAACCAAACUUCUCUUGCGCUGUCAUCUGAGCAGUUCCCUGUAACCCUCAAAGAUGCAAUAUUUCUAGGAAGGUGGCUUUGGAUCACAGCCCAGGACUGAUCUUGUGCUAUCAGCAAAUACAUGGACACGAAGUGUGUCAUUGCUGAUGGGAAACGUGCUCUCCUAGCCUGGACACUCAUAAUAAUUGACUUUGGGCACGUUUCUGAUCGUGCUCGAGUAUGUAGGCAUCCAACGACCAUUGACUGUUUUUCCCCUGUUUUCAAAUAUUGCCAGGUUUACAGAGCUUUUGGUAGAGAUUAGGAAAAAAAAUCAGAAAGCAGUGCAUGAGAUUUGAAACAAAUGACCAGCAUAAAGACAUAUCCCUCUGUUAUUCCUUCUUGCUAAUGCAAUACACCAUUAUUUUUUAAUUCUUAGGAUUUAGUCAACCUCCUAGAGCUUGAUGCCACACUGAUUUCACAGGGGCUUGUUCAACUUCCAGCCUUAGCUCUGUGUUUAUCUGGCUUCACUAACCCACCGCACUGCUGUGCAAUACAAAAGGACUUUGAUAUUACACGUACACGCAGGACUGAAGUUUAAAUCUGUAAGAGAACAGGACUGAUCUCCAGCCAAGUCAAACAAUACAAUGUCCAACUCCACGUCCUCUUUACGUCACCUUAUCAAUAAUAAACAGAAAUUUUAAAAGCUUCAAUCAACUGAAUCAGUCUAGCUUAAAUGAUGGCUCCCUGGUGUGCUUUGCCCUCAUUGCAAGGAGGCAGAGCCGCUUCUGAGCUGAAACCCAUCAUUGCAAUAGAUUUAGCACCUGCUGGAAAACCUGCUGCAAACUUAUAUGGCUAUGUGAAAUGUCUGUUGAACCAACAACAGCUUUCCCCCCUCGCCUUCGUUGUGGCUUUUAGCCAUGAAAAACAGUAAGUAGCAAUUGUUCAUUGAGAUAAACGUGGAAACCCCGUGCUGAUGUUCAGGACAGGUCCUGGCCCUCAGGCAGGGGCUGCUACACAUACCAGAACAGCAGUACAGCCUACAGCACCCGGUUAGCAUUUUAACAUGGCUGCAGACAUCUUGCAUUGGAAAGAAUUGUGUUGGGGGCGAGGGGAGGGCUAUCGCUCCUCAUCCCACUCCCUUGGAACCAGUGGAGCUUCACCAUUGACUUCACUGGAAACAGAAUCAAGUUCAAAUUGCUCCAGAGUAUCACUCGAGCUACCUCCUGGCAGCCACCAACAUGCCUCGGUCUAGCAGCAAUUUAGUGAUGAUACGCACUUGCCAACACACCCACUUUCUAGCAGUGUGGAAAGAUUCACUUAUAUGUAUAUAAGCACUAAUAAGUAUAUCGUUCUCUGGAGAGAGACAAUCUCCCUUGUGAGCUCCAGCUGCUAUUGUCCAGGCCACUGCUAUUGUUAUUCCUCAGGCCAGCUGGCAGCUCCUGUGACUCAUGGUUGCUUCAAUAAAGACGAAUU